UAUUUGUAACAGUGAGUACGAGUGAAUGCUCCUAGAUUUGAUUGUUGACAAAUCGGCGUCAUCAGGAUUCAAGAUACAAAUUCCACCGCAAAUAACUCCCUUUCCGCCCACCGCAGAACACUUCCUCCUCCAAAUAAUAAAUAUUUCUCCCUGGUAAGACUGCUUGCUUAUAAACAUCAGAUUGAUUACUUCUUCUCUCAUUUCCCACAUACGAUUCUUGAUUCGGAGCUGCGGUAUAAAUUUGAUAACCUCAGCAGUUUUAUCUGUGUAAAAUGUCGGAAAGCGUUUUCUCGAAGCUCUCAGACGAUGUUAUCCUCAACAUAUUCUACAAGCUGGAGGAGGAUCCUCGCAACUGGGCCCGCGUCGCUUGCGUCUCCACCAAAUUCUCCUCCCUAAUUCGAACCGUCUGUUGCAAGAUGAAAUGCACGCGGUCGAUCCCCGCUGUUGUUUCGGAUCUCCUUCCGUCUGCCGCCGCGCCUCCCGGCGUCUGGGCAUCGCUUUACAAGCUUGCCGUCUGCUGCCCCGGCCUUCUCCACUCUGGCGUCCUCCUCGAAAACUCAGAUUUCGGGCUUGAACGUGAAAUCGGGCCCGAUGAAAAUUACCAGGAAAACAGAUUGUUCCGAGCGAAUGAACCUGAAAAAGCUGCUUCCUCGAGUAAUGCAGGUCAUGAAUCAGUUGCUCCUGUUGACUGCGUCUGGUCGUUGUAUGAUGAUUUGCUAUACGAUACCUUGUAUAGUGAUGCUGAAACGUUGUCAAGAGAGGCGGCUGAAAUGCCCGAAGCUCGGCCUGAAGUCAGGGAGGUUGAAAAAGCGAAGCCCGAUUUUACUCUCUGUAAAAGGAGGAAGAUUUGCAGGCCACUCAGGUCGCAUCUGGCGUCGGGGGUGUGGAAUUUGAGCCGCGAGCAAGGCAACAAGCUGCUUGCAAGCAGAUUCAAAGGGGAUUGUUUGUACAUCUGCGAUUGGCCCGGAUGCAUUCACGUCGAGGAGAAGCGGAAUUACAUGUUAUUCCGAGGGAUCUUCAAGAAUUUCAAACAGUCGAGGGUUUGGAGGACGAUCAAUGAUGGGAACAGGAGCAAGAUUGAUUUGAAUUGUGCGUUUUGCGCCUCCAAACAGACGUGGGAUUUGCAUUCUUCGUUUUGUUUGAGGAGGUAUUUCGGGUUCCAUGACGAUGGAGAGCCAGUUGUUCGGGCUUAUGUUUGCGAGAACGGGCAUGUUUCAGGGGCAUGGACUGAUUGGCCUUUGUACAAUUGAAGCUUCAAUCUUGCUCGUUUAUGUCUGGAUUAUGAGGAAGUUGGUUUCCUUUUGAGUAUUUCUUUGAUGUCAUAAAAGGUAUUAUUUGAAUGUUUGUUUGAUUUUGGUUUCGUCAAUGUUCUGUACUUCUUCUGUAUUUGUAAAACACUAGUCAAUUGUGAGAGCCCAUUGUUUAUGAAUCAAGAAUUCUACCAUCAUUUUCCAGAUCA